AUUUAUUUAACAAACAAGUCUCAAGUCAUGAACCAAUAAAGUCAAAUUUCACUUAAGAAUCAGCCAAUAAUCUUCAGUAGUUUUCCAUCUUUUGAAUUGUUGAGCCUUCAACUAAGAAUGCAUCCGAUAAGAAUAAAGCUGUCCAAAUAUCUUUCAAAGAUCUCAACAAUUCAUGGACUAAACUAUGUCAGUGACGAAAAGUCUUCAAAGUGUUCAAAAUUUAUUUGGAUAUCCGCAAUUAUUUUGUCAUUUUUGGGAUGCUUUUUCUACUUUUUGAAGGCUUACGAAAAAGUUUUUGUAUCUCCCGACAUUUCUAUUAAAAUCAGCUAUGAGCCAUUGAAUGAGUUUCCAUUUCCAGCGAUUUCUAUUUGUCCUCGUACUAAGUUCCCAUUCGAGCCAGUCAACUUCAAGAAGAAUCUCCAAAAACUCAAAGAGAACAAGACAUUAUCAGAAGAUGAGGAACUAAAACUUGAAAUGGGGCUUCAAGUCUGUCAAUCAAAUCCAGAUCAUUUUGCAAACUUAACCUUAAACAUCUCAAGACCUGACUUUUUAGAUCAUUUGUCCAAGAAUCACUACAACAUACCAGACAUGACUCCAAGGCAUUGCUUCGACUACUGCAACAGUGAAGGUUCCACGUUCCUUACUCGUACCUUAACAUUUCAUGGAUUUUGUGCAACUUUCAAUCAACUUGACUUUAAUGACAUCUUUACAGACCAAAUUCAUGACGACUUUAAAGUCUACAGCCAUGGCAUAAAAUCAAAUUGGAACUUAUCUUAUGGAUAUUUUGACAGCAAUCACGAAUAUCCAUCAAAAAUGUCUGAUGGAUUCUCAAAAAGCUUAAAUGCAAUCCUAUUACAGGACAUAACAAACAUGAACAAAGACUGCAGCAUUUAUAGACGCGGAUUUGAAAUUUAUUGGCACUUACCGAAUGAAAUUUUGACUCACUGGCACUCGUCCGUCAACAUCAAUAAUGUUAAUAAGGACAAUCAAAUUUAUAUAAAAACCAAAAGCUUCCAAAUGUCACCAAAGCUACAAAAAUACGACGUCAAGCACCGAAAAUGCUUUUUCGACCAUGAAAAAAAUUUGAAAUUUUUUAAAAUUUAUUCCGAAAAGAAUUGCCUGCUUGAGUGCCUUGCUAACAUAACAAUAGCUAAAUGUGGGUGUGUCCGGUACUUUAUGCCACGUGACAUGACAACUUCGGUUUGUACAGCAAAGGAUCUGGUUUGUAGUUGGACGGAAAUGGUGAAUUAUUAUGAAAAUAUUGAAUUAAAUCCUUGUGGAUGUUAUCAUUCGUGUAAUUAUAUUGAGUAUGAGCUGUUCUCGAUUACUGAGACGGAUGUUGAGGAUGACAUGAUUUUAGGGCAGUUUUUCACGAUGGAUGACUUGAAGAAUGAGGAAGAUCGAGACAAAUUCACAGUCAUCGCCAUAAAAACAACAAAAGGCAAGAUUGAAGAGCGCACAAGCUACUCAGCAUAUCAAAUGCAGCAAUUUAUCUCAGAUUUUGGCGGUUUAUUGAGUCUGGCAAUGGGAUGUUCAAUUCUGUCGAUUGUUGAGCUCAUUUACAAUGCUUUUAAUAUUAAAAAUGAGCCUGAAGAUGAUGAAGAUGAAGCAGAAAACGUCUCAGACUUAACAGAAAAAGAGAUAGUCGACUUAGAAUUGAGCCUUCAACUUUGUCAAGUCGACAUCAAUGACAUUCCAAACACAAUUCAAAACAUCUCAAUGAUAAAUUUUGUUCAGCACUUGUCUGAUAAUCACUACGAUCUCAUUGAUAUGGUUGCGAAGCACUGCUUUGUGAGUUGUUUUGAUGGAACUGACGAAAAUCCGUAUCUUAAACGUGUUUUGACACAUGAUGGCUAUUGUUUAACAUUCAAUCAGCUUGACUUUAAUGACAUGUUUACUGAUCAAGUUCAUGACGACUUUAAGUCUUAUAAAAAUGACAAAAAGUCUAAUUGGAAUCCAACACAUGGCUAUGUCCAACAAGAAGACAAUUAUCCUUAUCAAUUGUCGAACGGCAUGUCCAAGUCAUUUGAUGCACUCUUACUGCAAGACAAAAACAACAAGAACAAGGACUGCAGCAGCUUUCGACGAGGAUUUGAUAUUUAUUGGCACUUACCAAAUGAAAUUGUUACUGACUGGCACUCAACGAAGAAUAUUUGGAACUUAAAAAAAUAUAAUCAAAUAACCUUAAAAGUCAAGAGCUUCAAAAUGUCACCGGAACUGCAAAAAUAUGACGUAAUGCAUCGGCAGUGCUACUUUGAGAAUGAAAAAAAAUUGAAAUAUUUCAAAAUUUACUCCGAAAAGAAUUGCAUGCUUGAAUGUCUGUCAGAUCAAAUGAUAGCCGAUUGUGGAUGCACAAGGUACUACAUACCAAGGAACAAGACAGUUCCUAUUUGUACAGCAAAAGACCUUAUGUGUGCUUGGAAUGUGACUGGAUAUUUUUAUGAAAAUGUUGACUCACAUCCAUGUGACUGCUAUUCGGCUUGUAAUAAUAUUGAGUAUGAAUUGUAUUCAGUUAGUGAGGAUGAUUUGGACGAAGAUAUGAAAUUGGGGGAGUACUUUGACAUGGAUGACUUGAGGAGUGAGGAAGAAAGUGAAAGAUUCACAGUUAUUUCAAUUAAAACAGUCAAGGGCAAGAUUGAAGAGCGCACAAGUUUCUCAGCAUAUCAAAUGCAGCAAUUUAUCUCAGAUUUUGGCGGUUUAUUGAGUCUGGCAAUGGGAUGUUCAAUUCUGUCGAUUGUUGAAAUCAUUUACAAUGCUUUUCAUGUCAAACAUGAGCUUGAACAUGAUGAUGAGAAGGACGAACAUAAGGAAAAGUUUUGAGGAAUUCCAGA